AUGUCUAAAAUCAGCUUAUUCACCUUUGUGGCCCUUGCCUUGUUCCAAUUUGGAAACGCUUCUGAUCAACCUAUUGGUACUACACCUUUCCCAGGCCAUCGCGGUGAGGGAUAUCAGAUCGUGGACACUGGUGCGAUCGCACACUGCGGAACAAACACAGGACAACAAUGCAUUCAAAUUCAACCACUUGAUAAUGUCAGUAUUACAGUUCCACAAAACCGUCCGGUAGAAAGUUCUGGCACCUUGCAAGGCGAUAACAGCCCUAAGUCUGUCGAUAUCAAAUGUCAACCAGAUGGUCUUUGCGUAACUGCUUUCAACUUCGAUCAACCAGGUAAUUACAGCGACUUCCUUGUCAACUGUUUGAAUGUUCAGGGAGAAGAUCAAGGCGUCAAUGUUCACGUCUUCUUAGGCAGAGGCAAUCUUGCUUCUUCUGCAGCUGAUGCUUAUUCAUACUUUGUCGUCAGUGGUUCGGGCGUCAAGGCAAAGUGGGAAAAUGAUGCAGACUAUACCAUGAAUGUGGGUUUGAAGGGCAAUUACGGUACACCAAAACCAUCCUCAAAGAAGGCUGAAACGCUCUACAUUAUGGCUCUCACUCAAGGUGAAAAAACUCCUCCUUCCGGCAACUAUGAUCCACCAGUGGACCCAGGAGAUUUUGGUAAAGGUACGGUCCGAAUCACAGGUGCGAACCCCAAUUGUGGCCAAAACAACACCGAUUACCAAUGUUUCAAGACUUUCAAUACGAUUAGCGUUACAAAUAAAUCCGAUGAUCUGUUUAUUCAAUGUGAUUAUUCCAAUCUUUGCUCGAUGAAAUUCAAUUUCACGGAAAAGGGAAACAAAGCUCAAUUCACUGUGAAUUGCUUGAAUGCUGUUGGCAAGCCUACGGGAUCAUAUGUUGACGUGAAAUUGUUCGGCAAAAAAAAAGUCCUCCCAAUCGGAAUCGUCUACGGAAGCUACAAGACCGAGGGAGACAACAUUGAAGCACAUUGGGGAAACACGACUAGUACGAAUGCGAAACGCUUCACUACUCCUGAUGAUCCAACGUUUACCCACAAGCCUGCUAAUGAACUCUUUAUCGACUUCGGCCAAGUUCAAGUUGGCGAUCAUGGAUACCGAAGAGUUGACGAAGGAGCAGUUGCUCAUUGCGGCACGGACAUUGGGCAGCAAUGCUUGCAAAUUGAAACUCCAUUGAGCGGCGUGAACAUCACAAACGAUGGUAACCUUGAUAUCGCAUGCACUCCAUCCGGCGUUUGUGUGUUCCCAUUCAACUUUGACACACAAAGUGCAAACGUAACGAUUAAUUGUAUGGGACCAAAUACAGGCACCGUACCUCGUAAUGUCUAUGCUAGAUUCGGUAAAUAUGAAAUUCCGAAUAACGGUACCACCAAGUAUGCAUACUUUUCGGUCUAUGGUGAGGGUAUUUCAGCUAAAUGGGAGAGUGCUCAAAUGUGGACUGUUUGGGUUGCUUUGAACUUUUAUCAUUUCCCUUCAAAGAAAGCAGAAACUUUGCACAUGAAGUGUGUAGCAGAUUAUUGA